GUUCCUGUUUGUUCUCUCCUUCGUCCAUUUAGCAUGGACGAAAAACGGCCCACGCCACCUUCCUCCACCGUUAAAAUCCGAAGAACAACCAGUUCUAACAGUGGUGGUGGCAGUGGGCCGAUAAUUCUAGGCAAAUAUCAACUAGGUCAUCUUCUUGGACGUGGCAGCUUCGCGAAAGUUUAUCAUGCACGCCGUUUAGACGAUGGUACUAUCGUUGCCAUCAAAGUUAUGGACAAAAAUACCACAGUGGACGCCACCAUGGAACGGUUAAUCAUACGCGAAGUCUCUGCCAUGUAUCGCCUUAACAGUCACCCAAACAUCAUCAAACUCAAUGAAGUGAUGGCCACAAAGUCCAAAAUCUAUCUCAUCAUGGAACUCGCGCCAGGUGGCGAUCUUUUCUCCAAGCUCAACCGACGUGGCAGAAUCUCUUACUCCACGGCUAGGUAUUACUUCCAUCAACUUGUCUCAGCUCUACACUUUUGCCAUCAAAAAGGCGUGGCUCAUCGCGACCUUAAGCCACAGAACCUUCUCCUUGAUGGAGAAGGUCGGCUUAAAGUCUCCGACUUUGGAUUCAGCGCUCUUCAUGAUGAACAGCUCAGCAACAGCCUACUCCAAACGGCUUGUGGUACUCCAGCUUACGCGGCUCCAGAGAUAGUAUACAGAAGAGAAUAUGAGGGUUCUAAAGCAGAUGCUUUUUCUUGUGGGGUUAUUCUCUUUGUGUUCCUCGCAGGAAAACUUCCGUUCGAUGACAGCAGCUACACCAGGUUGCAUCUAGCGAAACAUCGUCGCGAGUAUCAGUUUCCUGAUUGGGUUCAAAAGCCUGCUCGGAGUGUAAUAAACCGGUUGCUCGAUCCUAACCCGAGCACGAGGUUAAGCAUUGAGGAAUUAACGGAGAUGUCGUGGUUCAAGAGAUCUGCAACGAAAGGGGAAGAGUCAAAUAAUCAGCAGCAGCUAUUUGGACAAGGUAUACUUGAAAAGGAGUGUGAAAAAUCGGGGAGAUUAAUGAAUGCGUUUGAUAUAAUAUCAAUGUCGCGCGGGUUGGAUUUAUCGGGGUUAUUCGGAGGUAGAUCGAAGAAGAAAGAGUUGAGGUUUACUACAAGUGUUCAGGUAGGGAGUGUUGAAGAGAAGGUGAUGAAAAUUGGAAAAGAAGAAGGAUAUAGAGUGGAAAGAACGAAAGGCGGAGGAAUAGGGUUAGUAAAAGGGAGAGUGGUCUUGUUGGUGGAAAUAUGGGAAAUGGCAGCAAAGCUAUGGUUGGUGGAGAUUAAGGUUGUAGAUGGAGGACAAGAAUUUGAUGAAACUCAAUGGAAAGUAAUGGAAGUUGGGCUGAAAGAUAUUGUUUCUUCGUGGUACAAUGGUGACGGGUCUUGAAGGGAAGACCUAUAUAGAAUUUUUUAUAUUUUUCAUUUUUUUUAAUUUUGUAUAAGUUUUGGCAUUUGAGAUGAAUUAAAGUGACAAAAAUGAUUGGUAAGGAUCCACGUAGCCGAUACUAACUUAUUUGAGAUUAUUGAAGCGUAGUUAUUGUU